CAGCGCUCAGCUGUCAACUUCCAAACGAAAUCAAUAAUCGCCUUUCAAAGUUGUUAAUUCGAUUUCAGUAAUUUUCUGAUGCGAAAAAAUAAAUUUUCCAAUUUGAAAGAACUCUUUUCCAACUAAAUAAGUGGCCGGGUAGCGGGCGAAAAUCGUGCGCACGCCGGGCGCCGUGUGAAACGUGAAAUAUUGUGGAGUUUUGUGCGGUGUUGUGUUUAAGUGAGGAAGAGUAAAAAUUGUUUACAUUUUUUUUUUGUUGUUCAGCUGCAUUCAAAAGGAUUUAACACAAAUAGCUUGAUUAGUAAAUCGUAUGCUUGUUGGCUUUAAUUUUCAGAUGUUUCAUCGUUACAAGAAUAACUCUUGAAAUGCACAUUUACAACAGCAGAAUCAUCAUGUCUAUCGGCAUCAACGCAUGAUGUGCACACCGGCACCCAACUAUUGUCUGAGUCUGAAAUAAAGUCGAAUGCCAACUGCGAAUCAAGCGACAACAAUGUUGCUAGCGCAAAAACAACAAAACCAACUACCACAGCUACAACAACAACUACAAGAACAAAAACAAGAACAACAUAAACAUAAACAGCAGCCGCAACAACGACCCACAACACUUCCACAUCGAUGCAGCAGCAACAGCAACAACAACAACAGCUGCUGCAACAACAACACCAACACCAGCAGCAGCUGCAAUUGCAGGCGACGCAAAAGCAAUCACAGGCGCAGCAGUUAACCAACAACAUAAUAUUGCUGCGCGGCGCACGCAACGAAAACGGCCAGAUUGUCAUCCAGAACAAGCAUGGCAUAAUAAGCAUCUUUAAUGAACAACAACAACAGCAGCAGCAGCAGCAACAGAAAAUCGAUAAGACAAGCGUUGCUGCGACACUGACACAGUUGCCCACAGCCACAACUGUUGCACGCAAAUCAAUACAAACAACAACAACUACACCAACAAAAACACUAAUCGGCAACACCAAAAAUGUUGCAUAUGUUGCCAAAGAGACAGCGACGACAACAACCCAAAGUGUUGUUGGUGCUGGCGCUACAACCGUUACUGGUGGUGGCGUCAGCAGCAGUGGCGGCAACGGCAACGGCGCUGGUGCUGGCAAUACAACCAACACAAUUCUGCUGCAAACUCCCAUCAAUGCAAGCCAACUGGAAUCGGUGUUGUUGCACACAGCCAAUAUGAAGAAAUCGUCAACCACUGCAACAGCCGCAGAUCGUCAGUAUCUCUUCAAAACGGCCUCGCGCAGUCUCAGCACCGAUAGCAAUCGCUUAGGACGCGCCUCCGAAAGUGGCAGCUUGGGCAGCGGCAGUUUGAGCAGCGCCAGCAGCAGCAGCAAUAGCAUCGCCAGCAAAGCGCCAUUUGUGCUGCAAACACUUAAACGAUUGGAGAAGUCCCAAUCCAUACUAGUCAUACGCAAUCCAUCUGCCUCAUCGGUGGCUGCACUCACAGCUUCAUCUUCCGCCUCCUCACUUUCCACCGUGUCCACGGCAAAUAACAACAUAGCGCAUGUUGCCACAUCGACAAGCGUCGAUCGUGUAGCCACUGCUGGCUCAGCGCAAGCACUGUUUCCAGCCUCUUCGGCUUCCGCAACCAUUGCGGGCUCAACGCUUUCGUUGUCCUCCGCCCAUGUGGCCGCACCAACGCAGACGAUUAGUGUUAGCACCAAUACACAGACGGGCGCCGUGAGCUUCACACGUGUCACGAAAAGUCAACAAACUACAGGCACGGCUGUGGUGUCAUCUACAGCUACAACAACAACAAAGCUUGGCAAUAUCACUGUGAAUCGCGCUGGUGGCGCCCCAUCAGUUGCAAUGACAACGAAGACGGCGCUGCCAGCUGCUGCUGCCGCCGCCACAAAUACCACAACUUACUUGCGUUUGGCUAAUGCAACAACAGUGUUUGCCAACAAUAACGGUACCAAUCAUAAUAGUGCGUCCGUCAAUGGUGUGGGUGUGGGCAAAGUGGUGGUUGUCAGUGGUAGUAAAAGCCACAAUGCGAUUGCGGCAAGUAGCAACAAAAACGUUGGCACGAGCGGCAUGAGAAUUGUUGACACACAGGCACAACAACAACAACAACACCAGCAAACUCAACUAUGUCUGUCCGAUGUGCAGUUGAAAUUGGAUACGCGCGCUGGCGGUGCUGGCGGUAGUGUCGUCAUUUCAGCACCACAGCAGCAGCAGCAGCAACAACAAACACAACAACCGCAAACUGUGACGACUGUUGUACAUCAACAACAGCUGCAAAUACAACAGCAGCAACAAACAGCACAGCAGCAGCACCAGCAAAAAAAUUCAGUGUCAAAUGCGCCUCGCGGGAGCGGUAAGUCCAACAGCUGAUUUUAUUUGUUUUACAACGAUUUCUAUUUUUAUUCCCUCCCUGCAUUUGUUUUGCUAACAAUUUGGGCGGUUUACGGUGUUGGUCAAUAACAAACACAACAAAACAAAAAUAUAAUAAAUAUGACUCCCAUACAAGUCGCACCUGCCCGCUCAACUCUGCAACUAUACAAAAAAAAAAUACCCCUGUCAGCCAUUAGAAAUGCUUUGUUGUCUAUUUGGACAAUGAAGUGCCACUUGGGAAUUUUCUAUUCGCACGUUUGGCUAUUUGUUACUGUUCUAGGAGUCCGCUGAUUUACACGGGUUCGGUUUACUUCGGGCAAGAACACUUUUUUCUUGUGUUUGCCCUUUUUUUGGUUUCUCUAUUAUUUACUUCUUUAUUAGUGUGAUUUUGUGGCUGUAGGUAAGAGAUUUGUGUACGAAAGAAAAAUGUAAAUAAAUAGUGGAAUUGUGACACCACUUCCCUACUCCGCUCAGACAUUUAGCUUUCAUUCAGUGACUAGACAUUCUUCAUUCCUAUUCUGCGCUUUCUGAAAACACUCUGCGCUCUACGUGAGCUUUACGUGUUCGGCAUACGUGGGUAUAAUUCAAUUAAUGCGAAUAAACCUUCCCUCAGGCGAAAUGAUCUAAGCAGCAAGCAAUCAGCAGCAAAUGCGUCGACAUUUUACUUUGAAAAAAUGUAGCAGAUCCAAUUCCAGAAGGUUGGGACUUAUGAAGGUUGUUCAAGAAUCCCUGCCUAACCACUCAGCCAAGUUUCAUUAAGGCCCUCGCCUCAUUUGAAAUGGUGUUUUUUGGGUGUUUCUUGAAAAGCGUGUAAAACGGAAACGAAAAAAGAUUUUUUAUUUUUGUUUUCAGUAUUGUAUUUUUUGGUCCAUUGUUAAAAAAUAAAAAAAAAUUUUGGCCAUACGAGUUUCGUUCAAAAAGUUGUCAGCCUUUAAAAAAUAGUCUCCCAAAAAAAAAAAAACAAAGGUUUGUCACUGGCGAAACGGAUUUCGCGACUCACAGGUGUCUGAAAUCGAAAAGACAAAAAGGUUCUUGUUCAAUGAAUUUCUAUCAAAAUUUCACGUUUUUGCAUCAGAGUAUUUAGAAAAAUUUCGAGUAUACAGGGGUAAAGCCCAAGCAAUUUUGUUCGGCUACGAUUUUUGACAGUUCUUUUUACUGUUUAGUUUUGUUACCUUUUUGUUUAGUUAUCUUUUAGAAAAAAAUCGUUAUAUCAAGUAAAUCAACGACACCUGGCAUCAGCGUGAACUUGAUUAUACCGGAUUACCGGCGACUCUUUCCGAUGCUCUGACACUCUCAGCUGUCUUUAUCAUUUCUCAAAAAUAACUUCCUUUCACACGAAUUAUGUUUUUGUAAUAUUUCAAUUCCUAACGCAAAUCGUAUUUGCGUAACAUUUUGGCUUUUUCAACUUUUUCGUUGUACUGUCUGAUGCUAUUGUAAGUAAAUUAAGAAGAAUUAGAAAGGCAUUCCAAAGUUCCAUAGAGUCGGUCGGUAUGCGUGCAGCUUUUUAAUUUCCUAAUUCAUUACCUAUCCACCGUUGAUUGUACUCUGAGUGAAUUCAUUCUGCUUGAUGUAGCAACAGAAAAAGUUUUGCUUAAGUGUUUGCGGUUCAUUGAUAUGCAGUUGGUGGUUUCUUGAAAAUUUGCUGAGUUCGCUGUUGUGUAUUUACACCUCAGGGAACAAAUUGCACUUGAGUGGCUGGGAAGCGCAAAUUUGUUUCGUUUGCCACUUCCGACAUUUGUUAACUGAAGUUCAUUGAUUUCUUUUUCUAUUUUUUCUAUUGGAACUGCUAAGUACAUAAGUAUAUAUGGAAUUAUUUGUUUGAAGAGUUUGGAUGUGAAAAAAUUGAGAUGAAGCAGGGCAAGUACUGGAGAAUAUAAGUGUGCACCUAUAAUUUUGCCGAAGUGCAGAAUGGGAUGAGUGUCUCAUGAAAUGGGUUUCAAAAUAAAAUGAGAUGAAAUGAAGUAAAAUAAAAUAAAUUUAUGAAAAAAUAAAAUGAAAUGCAGUGAAUAGCAAGAUAUAAAAUAAAACAUAAUUAGAUUAAUAAAACUUAAUAAAAUAAAGUGAAGAUGAAAAAAAUAAUUAAGAUAAAAUACAAUAAAAAUCAAAUUAAAUUCAAUGAAAUUAAAUAUAUUAAAUGAAAUAAAUUAGGAUUAUUAAAGUAAAAUU